CGGCGCAUGCGCACGCAGUCGCUGCGGUGACUGUGGGACCAGCGGCUGCGCUUCAUUCAAACAAGCGGAGCGCGAGCGGCGAGGAUUCCAAGCCUGUAGUCUGCGGUGUUGGUUAAGCACUCUAUGCAGUAUAACCCAAGUCAUCAAUGCGUUGAGAGAGUUGACCAUAUGCAGUUCUGUAAUGCUGUGAUCACGCUUGAACGAUUUAAAGUGCAUCAUCACGUCUAAAAAUAGACAGGAAUAAAACAACUAAUUAAAUUGAUUCAAUUCAGAAGAUACAAAAGACGAAGAGAAGCUGAAAAAUGCUACUAAUCUUCUCAAGGGGCUGAAUUGAGCAAACCAUCAUUGCAGCUUGGGACAGCAGGUUAUCUGCACCACAUCAAAGGAAAGUGGAUUUUAAGAAUUAAAGAAAAACCUGGAGUGAAUUUUGACAAAUUCAGUGUUUGAACUACUUAUCAAACCUGUGGUGGAGGGACAAACAGGUCAUUAUUAAACCAUCGUCAGGGAAACCACAGCUGAGCAAAUUACGCAGAAAGUGCACAGGAGGCAUCCUGAGAAUCUUUCAUUCAACAAGUAACUUCCGCUCACCAUCAUUAUCUUUGGCCUGUUUUGAAUCUGAUUUCUUUGAUCUUUAAUAUAUACCCUUACCAAAAAGUGCAUCUUCUUAUGUGUUAAAUUGCUGCAAUGGGGAAGUGCAACAGUAAGCUGAAACCUGAAGUCGUGGAGGAGCUGACUCGGAAGACAUACUUUACCGAGAAAGAAGUCCAGCAGUGGUACAAAGGAUUCAUUAAAGAUUGCCCCAGUGGACAGCUUGAUGCAGCAGGCUUCCAGAAAAUCUACAAACAGUUCUUUCCUUGUGGAGACCCUACAAAGUUUGCUAAAUUUGUCUUUGAUGUAUUCGAUGAGAAUAAAGAUGGAAAGAUUGAAUUCUCUGAGUUUAUCCAAGCACUGUCAGUAACUUCACGUGGGACUCUGGAUGAAAAAUUGCGAUGGGCUUUUAAACUGUAUGACCUAGAUAAUGAUGGCUACAUCACCAGGACGGAGAUGCUGAAUAUUGUGGAUGCUAUUUAUCAGAUGGUGGGUAAUACCGUGGAACUGCCUGAAGAAGAGAACACACCAGAGAAACGAGUGGAUAGGAUUUUUGCUAUGAUGGACAAGAAUGCCGAUGGGAAGUUAACACUACAGGAGUUUCAAGAGGGAUCAAAAGCUGAUCCAUCUAUCGUCCAAGCGCUUUCUCUAUAUGAUGGUCUAGUAUAGUCCCUGCACCCUCCCUUGUGCCAUGAUGACCAAGGAUUGAACCAUUUUGAUGCCAUUUGAACGGUUCUGUGCAGAAGCUCGAUGGUCCAGCAGUCGCUCACCUUCACCCAGAUGUGAACAGGAGUGCACGAGUGUGUGCAAGCUGAGCUCUUUUGCUUGUAUCCAUUUGCCAAUCUCAGCUUAAGAACCCAAAAUGUUUUUUUUAAACUUGAACUCUGCGGUAGUCAAAUGCCUCAGUUUUUUUUUGGAAAGACUUGAUCAAAAGGAGCAUGAAUCUUUGCCUUUUUUUUUACAAUAUUUGACAAUUAAAAUGCUCUAGCUGUGAAUUUUUUGUUGGGCUGUCCUGACCACUUCAAAUAGUGUUUAUAACGAACAACAAAAGAAAUUGGUCUUGUAUUGUCUGAAAAUAUUAGCAGCAAAGUGGAGGUUUUGUGAGUGUUUUGUGCUUUAAAUGGAACUGUUUUAUCAUGUAUACUGUUCAUUUAGUUGUGAAAUUGUACUCUGGUUGUAUCAUCUUUUCUUUUAAAACAAAGUGGACAAUUUUUCAAAGCCAUGCUGACAUCUGUCAGGUGUGAAGUCAGACUUGUAGGUUCUAUGACUGUCAAUUAUUGUACUGUAACUGGUCCAAACUCCAAGCAUUUAUUUCAGAUGUUUUGUUUUAAAUUUUGUUGGUUUAUUAAUUUGUGUUCUGUCAAAGAUUGUAUAAAAUAAGAAAGGGCAGAUCAGAAUGUAUACCAGGGCCAAAAUGUGACAAAAAUCUGCCUUUCCUGACAAAGAUUGAAGUUGGAGCUGUUGUUUGAUCGUAAGCCCUUGCAAUACAAGUUUCCCUGCUGCUUUACCUGUUUCAUAGAUGUAGAUCUCAGUGGUAUAAUAUUUUCUUCUGGUCAGCUGAUGAAUAGCCUGCAAUCAGAUACCCAUGGUUAAUAUUAAUGCCACAGAACCUAAUCAUUGCUUUGAAUAGAGUAUAACAUUGCCUGAUUUGAAUUGCAUGUUGAAAUUUUAUUUCACCAUGUUCUAGAAUUCAUACUAGUUUAGUAUAUUAAAUGACAUGCACAUGGUACUAUUAAUAAAAGGCACAGAAUUGUUAUUCAUAACCAUAGCUACUUUAAACCUUGACCAUCUAGUAGUUUUGCAUAUUGCACAUUAAGUGUUCUUUCUUGUACUUAAGGAAAAGAAAAUUCUCUUCCCAGUUUGUGAAGUGAUAGAUAUUUCAUUAGUAACAAUGGUUUGGACAGUAAGGAAAUUUUGUUCCUUUACAUAAUAAUGUAUAGUUUCUAAGAAAAGACCAACCAAGAAAAAUAAGAAAACACUUUUUUUUGUUUGUAUUGCAUUUGGGCGUGAUUGGGUUGAAUUUAAUGUGCACAGAACACUAUCAGUCUAGUUAAUGAAAUCCUUUCAGAGCUCUGACUUGAUCCAUUUAAUGCAACCCUUAUUUGUUUUGGAUUUUUAAAAAUCCUUUUAACAUUUUUUAUUAUAUUUAAUAUUUGUUUUUAAAUUAAGAGGUAGAAUUGAUAACUACUGCAUGGUGAUGUAUUUUGUAAGUUACAAUGGAGAGUGUAUCUUUGAUAUAUUUAAAUUGUUUUGCUUAAUAUUGUACAGCUUGAUUGUAUGCUGUAGUGCACAUUGCUCACUUAACACAUUGCAAAUUCAGACAGUCUGGUUACAUCUAGUAGUAAAAUAAUUAUCUAUAUAAUAUGUCUUGCACAAUUGCUUUUAGAGCCUCUGGUGGAAACAUUUCAGAAGUCGUGUAACCUUAUGAUUGACAGAUUGCCCUUUUUUUGUCUUUCUCUUCCCCCUUUCUGUAUGAAAUCACAAGUGUAUUAUUUCGUUUCCUUUUUUGCCUCAUUGUUUAUUUUUAAUCAUCUUUUAGCUUGUUGAUUUUCUUAUUGACACCUCACUUUUUGCCUGAGUGUUCGUAUUGAUCUACUGUUUGAAACAGCUUUUUUUAACAAUCAGUGCAUGUUUAGAGCAUAUUUGGUUGCAAAUCAAGAACAAAACAAGUCAUAUUCAGGCAAAAUAAAGAUAAAGGUAUGUAUCUGA